AUGGGUGGACGACAACCAGGCGUUAUUCUCACUAAUCAAGAUCCUGCAAUUUCAUAUAUAGUGAGGCAAGUUCUUUACCAAAAUACCUUUCGGAGGUGUGUGGCUAGCCCAACUAUUGAAGAAUUUGAAUUGGCUUGGAAAUCAAUUAUUGAUAAUUAUAACCUGGACGACAAUGAAUGGCUUAGUAGGCUUUAUGGUUGGCGCAUGCAAUGGGGUGAUGCAUACUUGGCUGGCACGUUUACUGCUGCUAUGACUUCUACCCAAAAGAGUGAAGGGAUGAAUUGUCACUUCAAGUUGUACUUGACACCCACAACAAACUUGCGUUCAUUAUUAGAAGUUGUUGCAAAAGUCAAAGAUAAGAAGGUGCGAAAAGGGAGGGAAAAUGACUUGAAAGAUAUUUAA